UUCUGCUAAAGUUAAUAAUGCGUAUAUCCGUUGUGUUUAUUAUUUUAGCAGUUUUGGUGCUUUUGACUCAAGUACAUUCGUGGCGUCGUCGAAGACGUCGUCGGUGCGUCGGAUGUGCAUGGUCGUCUUGGGGAGCAUUUGGCUCUUGUUCUGCAUCUUGCAACCAUGGUUACAAAUACCGCUACCGUAGCAAACAAACUGGUGGAUGUGGAGCCGUAUGCAGGGGUUCACGUGUACAAUCCACUCGUUGUUAUCUUAGAUGUUGUCGUGUGAGUUGCAACUGGUACUGGUCAGCAUGGAGUCCUUGUAGAGGAUGUGGUAUUUCCACGCAAACAAGCACAGUUGUGGUGAGAGUACGAAAUUYUUGCGGAGGAAGCCCUUGCCCUACUACUACAACACGCAGCCAGUCUUGUAAUACUGGAGUGUGCUGUCCCGUCAACUGUGCCGUAAACAACUGGGGAAACUGGGGAAGCUGUAAUGCCAACUGCGAGCGAAAUGGCCAGCAGAGACGAACACGGAGCGUGCGAACUCCAAAUAAAUGCGGCGGGRCAGCAUGUCCAGCUCUCUCACAGACUCGUACCUGUCGCGGUGGUUGCUGCAGACGAAAUUGUAUUCUAUCAGCAUGGUCACCAUGGAGCUCUUGUAACGCUCCAACUGGGARGUGUGCUACAAACAGUGGAAUACAAACCAGGUCAAGAAGAGUAACUCGUCCAGCAUCUUGUGGUGGUACUGCUUGUUCUGCAUUAUCUGGUUCUAGGAGAUGUACACCUACCCCUAUAUCAUGUUUGGUUAGUAAUUGGUCAUCGUGGGGUCGAUGUACAGCAAACAAUGGUCGCUGCGGUGCGGGUUCUCAGACGCGCACACGCACUAUCACCCGUCAACCAUACUGUAGCACGCCCUGCCCACCUCUGACAGAGAAACGGUCAUGUACGCAUAGUUGUUGCCCUGUUAAUUGUGUCGUUUCGAUUUGGUCAGCUUGGGCUGCAUGUACAGCAACGUGUGGUUCUGGUACCAAGGUCAGAACUCGUACAAUCACAACCAAGCCAAGCUGUAACGGAAAAGCUUGUCCUUCCCUUAAAGAGACAACAUCUUGUACUCGGUAUAAUAACAGAGACUGUGUCUUGUCGGUCUGGUCCUCUUGGUCCCAGUGUUCUAGCGGAUGUGGGAAGGGGUUGAUUACAAAGACAAGGAGAGUAAUUUCGCAACCUGUGUGUCAAGGUAGAAGAUGCGGUCCCUUGUCUGCUAGUAAAAUUUGUACUAGUUACCGUGACAAUCGUAACUGUGUGGUUGGUCAAUGGGGGCCAUGGGGCGCUUGUAACGCUAAAUGCGCCGUAGGUUCUCGACAGAGAACUAGAGCUGUUGUCACUCCAAAACGUUGUCAAGGCACUCCAUGUCCUUUGCUAACGGAAAGCUCUUCAUGUGGUUCAGCAAAUGGUGGCUGUCAGCACGUUUGUAGUAAUGGCGUCUGCUCGUGUCGUCCUGGUUACAACCUUGCGUCAGAUAAACAGACCUGUGCCGCAAAGAACUGUGGGACAGCUCGGCCUCGUUUCUGUGCACAAGGUACCAAACUUGGCUYCACAUGUCAAUAUUCCAUAGUCACGUGCCCAGGAGGGAAUACCAAAUACCCUGUCACGUGCAGUCUAGGAUGCCCUACUCACUACACKAUUAAGGGACCAAGCACGAUCACGUGUCAAACAAAUGGACUUUGGUCGAGCUAUGGGUCGUCAUACUGUCGACGAAACAAUGACCCGCCAACUCAGAUUUUACUGUCUGGGUCAAGCUCAGUGAGCGAGAACAUGCCUCGAGGAACGACCGUCGGUACCUUGAGUUCUCUAGAUCCAGUGAACAGUAAAGACAGGCAUACAUACACGAUGAUCAGGGGAGGAAGUGGACUCUUUGAAAUUCGUGGUGCAGUGCUAUUGACAUCUAAAGUGUUUGAUUUUGAAGCUUCCCCGAACACGUUCGACAUCACAGUUCGCAGUACAGAUAACGGAAUCCCUUCAAUGUACCUGGACAAAACAUUUACCAUUAGGAUUACUGACGUUAACGAAGACCCAACAGAUAUACAGCUCUCCAGUUCAAGUGUGAACGAAAAUAGCGACAUUGAUUCAACAGUGGGCAUGCUCAGCACCGCUGACCCCGAUACACGACAGUYCUUUACAUACCAGUUGCUCAGCAACGCUGGAGGACGAUUCAAAAUUGUGAAUAACCGGGUUAAGGUAGCCCAGUCUAACAGACUUUGCCUCCAGAAUGGUGGAAGUCACUGUAGUCUAAACUAUGAACAGCAGCCCUUCCAGGGAAUACGAAUCCGCAGUACAGAUAGCGGUUCGCCGUCAAAGUCUAUCAUCAAGACAAUAAAUGUUACCAUAAAUGACGUCAAUGACAAACCACGUGAUAUACGACUGUCCAAUCAGAUGGUCAAGGAAAAUGCACCCAUUAAUACUGUAAUUGGUCAGUUGACAGCACGUGACGAAGACUCUGGUCAGCGAUUGGUUUUUACUCUAGAUAACGGCGAUAAUGGUAGAUUUAAGAUUGACAGUAAUGGUAACUUACUGAAAGCAAAGAUCACGGAUUACGAGACGAGUAAAGUCCACCUGGUCACGGUUAGAGCUACGGACAACGGAAGUCCCGCAUUAUGGAUUUCCAAACAGUUUACCAUCGUUGUACUGAAUGUAAACGAGGCUCCUGUAUCUUUAACACUUGACAACAACACCGUCACAGAAAACUCGCCCCUUGGAACCCAGAUUGGUACACUCACGGCUGUUGACAAAGAUGCAAUACAGAAUCUCACGUUCAGCCUCGAUGACAGCGCAGGUGGAAAAUUCUCCCUUGGUUCCAAAACCAUGUGUAAUCAUGUUAGUCAGGGAAAUACGCAGUGUUCUGCGGUGCUUUUGGUCAGCGGAGACCUUGAUUUUGAGGAUGCGCAAUGGGAAAUUAUAACAGUGAGAGUUACAGAUGACAAAGGCUUGUUUUACAGUCAAAAUGUGAAUAUCACAGUACAAGACGCCAACGAUAAGCCCUCCAAUGUAACUAUAGAGGGAAGCCUUGUGGCUACUGUGAAUGAAAACAGUCGAGAUCUCGAGAUCGGAGAAUUGCAGACAGUAGACCAAGACGUCGGGCAGACCUUUAGAUAUACGUUGCUUAGCAACAAUGGCGGCAAUUUUGAGAUUCGCGGUAACAAGCUGUUUGUGUCCAAGUCUGCUAAUCUUGAYUACGAGAAAAAGAAAGCAUAUCAGAUUAGUUUGAGAAGUACAGACAGCGGAAAUCCACCGUACUCCGUAGAGGGUAACAUAACAAUCAACAUCAGCGACCUCAACGAAAAACCAACAAAUGUAACUUUAUCUAAGAACACCAUCCUCGAAAACACGCCCCCUGGUUCGGUGAUUGGCAGCCUGUCAAUCAAAGACCCUGACAACCUUGGACCCGAAGGAGUGCGACAGACUCACAYCUGCCAAUUGAAGAACUCAGCCAAUGGGAUAAUUGGGAUGGCUGUCAAUGAAAAAGUCAAUCAGCUGACUGUAGGUCCUGCGGGAGUAAACUAUGAAGCAAACAGAACCAUACUUAURAGCGUCCAAUGUUCGGAUCCUCAGGGGUUGAGAUUAGACAAAUCAUUCACUAUCAACGUGCAAGAUAUCAACGAAGCUCCUACAGACAUUGUAGUUUCUAACCUAAGAGUAAAAGAGAACCAAACCCCUCCUAUAACUGUUGGCAGGAUUACUGUAGUCGAUCCAGAUAACGAGAACACCAUAAGACAAUCUUUCAAUUUUUCUAUUCUUUCGAGCUCCGCUGUACCUUUUGCAGAGCAGAAUGGCAAUUUAGUCACAACUAAGAAGCUUGACUUCGAGGCGGAUGCACAGUGGUCAUUCAGGAUAGAAGUACAAGACAAUGGUGUCCCUGCUAAAACGAGGGUGGAGUCCUUCACUGUACAGGUGCUCGACACGAACGAUCAACCAACUUCGAUCUCGUUGUCCAACUCAGCAGUAAACGAGAACAGCGCACAAGACACCCUGGUUGGUCUUCUAAGCACCGUCGACCAAGACGUUGGACAAAAGUACACCUAUCAAUUGAUUGACAGCUCGAACGGUAGAUUUAUGGUCGAUAAUAACGCUAUAAAGGUAGCGCAGUCAAACAAGCAAUGCUUGUCUCAGGGAGGAAGCCACUGUUUGCUAAACUACGAAGCAGCAAGACAACAACGUAUACGCGUGCGCAGUACAGAUAACGGCGUUCCYYCGCUUUUCUACGACACAGACCUYGUCAUACUCAUCCGUGACGUCAAUGACCAACCACGUGAUCUAAAGYUAUCCGAUAACAGAGUGAAAGAGAAUGCCACAAUUGACUCCCUGAUUGGUCAGUUUAACGCCAGUGACGARGACGYUGGGCAGUCCUUGUCGUAUUYUCUYGCUGAUGAUGAUGGUGGACGAUUCAGAGUAGACUCUAGUGGAUAUUUGUACAAAGCGAAUAGUACGAAUUAUGAGACGCAAAAACAACACACUAUUCGUGCUGUYGUGACUGAUAAUGGUCGUCCAGCGAUGAAGAUUGAAAAGGUUUUCGUCAUCGAGGUYCUUGACGUAAACGAAGCGCCUGUCAAAAUUCAAAUAACAUCUGUUGGUGCGCCAAGCUCCUUUCCGACAAACGACGCUCGCGUCAAAGAAAACUCCCCACAAGGAACUGUGACAGGUACUCUAGAAGCGUUGGACCAUGACUAUAAUCAAGUACUGUCCUUCAGGCUCGAUGAUGAUGCCAACGGCACCUUUAUCUUGGACUCCUCCAAACCUACAUGUGCUGCAGUCACUAACAUGCCUGAAUAUAAGACAAAAUGUACGACUAUUCUGCAACUAAAGCGAUCAUURAACUACGAGGAGAAGAGAGRCUAUACUAUCACUGUCAGAGCCACUGACAGCCACGGUCUGUUCACUACACAACAGCUGUCAAUCACCGUGRUUGAUCAGAACGACGCGCCGACAAAUAUUACUUUAGGGGGUGGAGGAAGUGCAAAUGUGUAUGAAAAUUCCAACGGGGCUUUAGUUGGUGUGUUGGCAACCACAGAUGAAGACGCCUCGCAGACAUUUACUUACACUCUCACUAAUGAURCUAGUGGUCGUUUUGUAGUGCGAGGUGACAAACUUUUCGUUUCCAACUCAGCAAAUUUAGACUUUGAAAAACAGUCUUUAUACAGUGUUUCUAUCCAGUCGACAGACUCYGGUUCCCCUUCCUUAAAGCACAYCAAAGACUUCUCCRUAACUGUUCUUGACYUAAACGAAGCACCAACAAUGAUUGGACUAAMCAAUAGUCACGUGACUGAGAACAGCAAACCCGGCACUGUGAUUGGCUCGUUGAACGUAACAGACCCCGAUAAUCUUGGUCCACAARRUGUGCGMCAGUCACAUACUUGCAGCGUCGUUGGAAGUCAGAUUGGAAAAUUUGUAGUUGAAAACAAUGUGCUCAAGGUGAAUCAAGCUACUGUGGACUACGAACAAGCUACCACACAUGAUAUUAUCGUGAACUGUGUGGAUAAUGGGACGCCGAGCCUGAACCUUCAACAGAACGUUUCCGUGUUUGUCGAUGAUGUGAACGAAGCUCCAAGUAAGAUAGCUUUAUCGAGUAGCAGUGUGGCAGAGAACUCUUCGCCUUCUGUAGUUGGCACUCUAAGUACCGCUGACCCUGACAACGAGGGCUCAAUAAGGCAAUACUUUACAUACAGUAUUAUUGGUGAUACCGCUGGUCUUCCAUUUAUUAUCCAUGGUAAUUACUUGAACACGACAAGAUCAUUGGAUUACGAGACCCAAGCGAGCUGGAACUUGACCAUUCAGUCUACGGAUAGUGGCAAACCACCUAAAUCAGUUACCAAUUUAUUUACCAUUUCUGUAGUCGAUGUUAACGAGCAGCCUAUGAAGAUCACACUGUCWGAGUCGGCUGUAAAUGAGAACAGUGGAAUGGACACUAUCAUUGGAACACUGUCCUGUCAAGAUCCUGAUGUAAACCAGAACCACACUUACACACUGACCAACACAGCAUCUGGUUUAUUCAAACUCRUUCAAAAUAGGUUAAUGGUAGCUUUGCAAAAUGAUGACUGCUUAAACUACGGUGGUGCUUUCUGCAAAAUCAAUUUCGAGGCUCGGCGGCAACACGUUGUGCGCGUGCGCACUACCGAUAACGGAUCUCCUCCUCUAAGCAACGAGAAAAUCUUYACCAUCACUGUGCGUGACGUCAACGAUAGACCACGUGAUUUGAAGUUAUCUGGUUAUAUUGUGAAAGAGAAUGCAACUAUUGGAACGAGGAUUGGUCAGCUAUCUGCUAAAGACGAGGACAAAUUCCAAGUUUUGUCCUUCUCGCUUGUGGAUGAUGAUAACGGUAGAUUUAUUAUUGAUUCUGCGGGUUUUCUUGUCAAAGCCAAGAACACGGAUUACGAAACUAGUAGAGUUCAUAUGGUGACUGUACAAGUACGAGACAAUGGGACCGAGCCAAUAUCGUUAAACAAGACAUUUAGCAUUUUCGUGGAAAACGUUAACGAAGCUCCAGUAAAUACAUCAAUUACUUCUCAAGAUGGACAACAAACCUUCCCUGACGACAUGCCACAAGUGAACGAAAACUCYCCCCARRGGGACGUAGUGGGGACGAUAAUCUCUUUGGACCAUGACGAAGUCCAGCAUCUAUCUUUYAAACUACUUGACGACGCAGGCGGGAAAUUCUCCCUCGGUUCGUCCGUCACGUGCAAGAACCAAACYACUAUCCCUGGAAUAGAAUCCAUGUGUUCUGUUAAUCUAGUGGUCAGCGGUCUUCUGAACUAUGAGCAAAGCAAAUCAGAAGACAUAGUUGUGCGCGUGACUGAUCCAAAUGGUCUGUUUCAUWCCAAGAAAUUCACAGUCAAAAUCCUCAACGUGAAUGACAAGCCCAGUAAUAUCACACUUUCUGGAAUUGAUGUUGGAUACGUAGAUGAGAACGCUAACAACGCGUUUGUUGGUGAUCUAGCAGCAGUAGACGAGGAUGCAAAUCAAKUGCAUACCUUCAGGAUGAUUAGUAAUGGCGGCUGGAAGUUCGUUCUCAAAGGGACCAAGAUAUAUACCUCGCGGUACGCCAACAUUGAUUUUGAGAAACAAYCCUCUUUGGUUGUCAUUGUGAGGGCUAUCGACAAUGGACGACCUAGAUUAUUCCUUGAUAAAUCGUUUACCAUUCAGAUUCGAGAUGUCAACGAAAAGCCUACAAGUAUCUCACUCACCAACCAAACCGUAACAGAAAAUUCACCUCAAGGUUUCCUCGUUGGCGAGAUUUAUGUGGAAGAUCCAGAUAACAAAGGCUCGAGAGGACCCUGGCAAGUACACACUUGCUCCGUAUUCAACAAUGUCCCCUUCAUUGUCAACCACACAUCAAACGAGUUACUCGUGGAUGGAGAUUUAAAUUAUGAAGUCACACAAUCCAUUGACGUCAUUCUGCGUUGCUACGACGACGGUUCCUCUCCUCUCUAUAUCGAGAAAACCUUUAGAAUCGACAUCAUGGACGAAAACGAGSCUCCGACGAGUAUCAGCUUGUCCGKCWCCACGGUUGCCGAGAAUUCUGGGAUUGUUGUCAUAGGAACGUUCGACACAGUCGAUCCGGAUAAUUUGUUUGCCGCUGUCCAGACUUUUAGUUAUUCUGUUGUUAAUGGCAGUGGCUUGCCAUUCGUUGUAGAAGGGUAUACCUUGAAAACAUCUCAGAGCCUGGACUACGAGACUAAACCAUUGUGGGAAAUCUAURUCCAGUCAACUGAUAAUAAAGGCCUUAGGGUCACAAGGAAGUUUGAAAUAACGGUAUUGAAUCGCAAUGACGCGCCCACAAGUGUUAAAGCCAGCGGAAAUCUUUCCAUUUUCGAAAAUAGUGCUCCAGCGACUUAUAUAGGAAAUGUUUACACCGCUGACCAGGAUGUUGGACAGACGCACUUUUACCAGAUUGAGAGYGUUUUGGCAGAGGGACACAGUGGAAAACGAAAUGACAGUAGUCUUCUAAACAUGUUCUCCAUCGGUUCAACGUCUGGCUCAAUCACCCUUUCCUCAAGACUUCUCGACUUUGAGCAAUACUCUAACUACACGCUUCUYGUACGUGCCGUCGACAAUGGUUCCCCUCCUCUCUCAGUCACGGGGUAUAUAAGCAUACUAGURAAAGAYGUCAACGAGGCUCCAACRGCCAUCACACUGAGUAACAACAAGGUUUUCGAGAACACGGCCUCUGACAGCAUAGUCGGGAAACUGUCUGUUCAGGAUCCUGAUAAUGUAGCGAUUUCCUGGCAAAAAUUCACCUGUUACGUCACAAACCCAGAUCAAGCUCCUUUUAAGGUUGUUAAUCAUUUAUCGUUAGCUGUGUCUAGGGAUGUUCUCGAUUUUGAAAAACAGAACGUUUAUUCAGUUAGCGUAAAUUGUAGUGAACGUAUCUCACCACCUUUAUCAAUAUCGACAAYCUUCACAAUCAUAGUGCUAGAUGUCAACGAGGCUCCAUAUAAUCUGACCAUCAGUAACACGAUGAUACCCGAGAACGGUAUCCCGGGAGAUAUCGUUGGCCUGAUAAAUGUCCUGGACCCGGAUACCCCGGGCAGUACAUUUGCCAAUAUUUCACUGAGCAUUCAAAUCCAGUCCCCAAGUUUGGAUGCUUUUAAGAUAGUCGGAARGCUCCUGGUAACCACAAAACCGUUAGACUUCGAGAAAGUGAACUCCUAUCAAGUAACAAUCGUAGCAAUGGACAGCGGUAUCCCACCUCUUAAUACGACCAACGCCUUUAUUGUCAAUGUAACAGACAACAACGAUCCACCAAGUGCAGUCUUUUUGAAUUCUUCUGGAAUAUUCGAAAACGCCACCUCGGGUACAGUAGUGGGUGAACUGUCGGCAAAAGACCAGGACACGAACCAUUCGCAUACAUUUGUCGUUAUCAGCCCCAAGGAUCUUUUUAGURUCAAUGGAAGCACUCUUGUUCUCAAUAAUAGAAAUCUAGAUUACGAAACUGCCCCACAGAUAAAUGUAUCAAUUAAAGUCACUGAUGACGGGCAACCUCCGAUGAGUGCCGAGCUUUUGGUGACUGUUACCGUACUGGACAGCAACGAUCCACCAAGUGAUAUCAAUAUGACGUCGUCUCUUCCCCUCAACGACGAGAAAAAUAUUUUGGUCCCCGAGAACAGUCCGGGGGGUACACCGCUGGCCAACCUAUUCGUAGUGGACCAGGAUAUUUCACAGAGUCAUACUUGCGUGUUGUUAAACGGGCAGAAGUAUUUUGUUAUUCCACKUAGUCAAGCGAAGUCUACUGCGCAGGUGCUGGUGAAUGACGCCGCUGGACUGGACUAUGAGACAAUGUACAACAAGAAUAUYAAUGUAACCGUUCAAUGCACGGACAGCGGUAACCCUCCGUACUCCAAGAUCCUAUCGUUUUCCGUAGCCGUCAGUGACGUGAAUGAACCACCAUUCAACAUCWCACUCACCACACAGCCUCUGCCAGAACAUCCUCCAGAGGGUUAUGUUGUUGGUUCUCUCUCUUGUCAAGAACCAGACUUCAAYCAGAAUGACGCAUUUAGAGUAGUUGGAGGUUCUUCAAUGAUAUUCGAGGUGAAUCAAGMUUCCAAUCUCUUGGUAGUGAAAGACCCUUCCUAUCUUGACUAUGARGCYUUACAACCAAACCACACUGUAACUGUUCGUAUCCUAGCAACAGAYAGUGGAGCCAAGCCACUAAGCGCGUCACGYGACUUCAUACUUYACGUUAUCAACGUAAACGAACCUCCAUUUUUUGAAGCCAUGAAUGUCASUGUAAGGGAAGACAUCGCAYGYGGAAGAUGCGUCGCACAGAUUAAYGUCAAAGACCCUGAUCUCAACCAAACAGUUAAACUCUCUCUCUUAAGUCAUGAAGACAAAUUUGACAUAACAAAUACAUGCAUCAGUGUGUCAACCAAUGAAAGUGAGACAGGAGGAUGGUAUCUGAGCAGCCGGAACCCUCUUAGCUACGAUAAUUCACUACCAGACCACGUCUAUGAUGUUCUUAUUGAAGCGAAAGAUAAUGGACAACCUGCGGCCUCCUUCAACGAAUCAGCCUUUGUCUAUGUAGAACGUGUUAAUCCUUGCGAUACGUAUCACGAUUGUAAUGAAAAUGCAACCUGCGUGCGCGUGAACGGGACCAGCUACACUUGCCAUUGUAAACCAGGCUUCACCGGUGACGGGCGCGUUAGUUGUGUUGAUAUUAACGAGUGUGAAUCAAGCCCUUGUUCUCCACAUGGAACCUGUCACGACGGGUUGAAUGCUUACCUUUGUACAUGUGACGAAGGCUAYACAGGAAAUACGAGCUGUGAUCCUAUGGAUUACUGCGCGUCCAAUCCGUGYUUUAAUAAUGCUACGUGUGUAAACACGAACAGGACGAACUACGAUUCAGACUUCUYUUGCAUUUGUUUGCCGGGCUAUACUGAAAAAAACUGCUCCGUAGAAAUCAACGAAUGUGACUCAAAUCCAUGUUUUGGUAAUGGGAAUUGCACUGAUGGGGUUAAUAGAUUUAGUUGCGCCUGUCUUGAAGGCUACAUGGGGACGCAAUGUCAGAGAAGUACYGAAGCCUGUAAUCCAAACCCUUGCGAUACAACUCACCAAGUAUGUGUCCCACGAAAUCUAAAGACUGAAACUUCCGAGGAAUCGCAUGUGUGUGUUGAUAGCGACUUCGUUAUUCCUAUUUAUUUUAAACCCAAAGUUUUUCCUCUUAAGCUCGUGGCUACAUCGCACUGGAAGUACCAAUUGCAAGCUUUCGUUAAAGGCAACGUACAAUAUCCUUUGAAGGAACUAAAUAACGAUGAGGCAGACGAAUCCCAGGUCGUUGCCACAGAUUUAUUUGUGGUCGAAAUCUCUACUGUCUUCCUCAAACCCUUCUCAGAGAGCCAAAAGAGAGAGCGUCGAGCCAGUAGUGAUAAUAUCGAGUACACGGCAGUGUAUUUUGUUGUAAAACAUGAGGACUUAUCGGUUCCACARUAUACUUUCUUCGUGUCCCUGAACAAGACGUGUUUUACAAUAAAGAAAAACCAAAAUUCAGAUUUUGGGCAAAAGAUAUGCGACGCGGCAUACGAAACGAUGGUCCGGGUUCAUCCCAUGCCAAGAACAGGAGCACGAGAACAAGACGCCAAGGCUGGUCUCCAUCCUUAUAUGUACUAUGUCUUYAUUGGUGCAGGUGUUCUAGUAUUUCUACUUCUUCUUUUAGGASUAAUUCUAUUAAGACGAGAUCGCAUUAGAAAACGUCAGCUGCAAGCUUUCCAAAUACAUGACAAACUUCUGGAUACUGAUGGCUUUAAGACUGAWGUUAUGCAGCGUCAUCAACUCUCGAAUGAUGGAGAAGGUGAAGGGACUCUUAACCCAAUGUACGGCAUCCMAGGAAAUGUCCAACCUAGCUUUGAUAUAUCAGAAAAUCCUCUUUAUUCAAGACCUGAUGAUACUGACGAUCCUGUGCCUGAAGAUCUAGGGUUUUCGAACCCUAUUUACCAGACUUUUCAGUCGGUUAACUUGAAAGUUGAUGUUGAUAAAGCAGAGCCAGUCAAGGUGUUAUUGAGUGAGUCUGCCUCUCAACCUCUGUACCARACACCAAGAAAACAUAAUCCUGAAGAGAUUACAACAUUGACCGGUAUAAAUGAGCCUCAGAACGAAAAACUAGACAAAAAAUCAGUUCAGACGAAAAACAAAAAGAAAAAAAAGAAAGCUGGUAAAAAGCAAAAAGCCCUGCAAACCGAUGAUGAUGAUAGCAUUCCUGACAUUGCCGCCGUAAACCCGAUGUUCCAAAGCCGUGGCACUUUCGAACAAGCGCAGGAUGACUCCAAGGACGAAAAAGGGUUGUACGCGGUUCCGAGGAGAAAARUUUCCAAAAACAAAUCGAAAGAAGAAGCGAGCCUGUUGGACGAGAAUCCAGCACAAUCAAUGUACGAUACCCCAAAGAAAGUCACUGGCGGGGAAGGAAUGUCGAAUCCAUUGUACCAAAGCUCCAGCAAUCUUGAAUGUCCAGAUGAGCCACUUCCGGGAGACAUCGUAAGCGCUUUUUCCGGGUUCUCCACUUCUACCAAGACGAUGGGGGAGGAACCGGGACAGAGCGAAUGCUAAAUGGAACCACUAAAGCUCGACAAGGGCACAGACAUGUACUGCAUAUACAUGUAAAACACAAACAAAUCGACARUGAUAACUACAUAUAAGGAUUCUUUGCUGGCAAAACAUUAAUUAAAUUUACGGCAGAAAAUUAUCAAUUUUUUGAAGGAUAUGAAUAAUAGGAAAUCUAACAAAUAUUUUGCUUUUUAUAUGCAAUUGUUUCUUUAAGCAUUCGUGUACACAUAUGACCAAAACCUGCAACGGUUUUGUUUAAUUUAGUCUACAUGAGGGGUAUGAUAGAAUUCCCACGGAAUCUUUUUUAGUUUUGCUACAUUAAUGCUCCAGGACUAUUCCAAAAAAAAAAAAAAAAAAAAAAAGCCAUUCUCAAAGUGAACUCUAUCUUUCUAUAUAAUCAUGAACGCUUCAACGCUAUCGACAUCCAUUUGUCUGACAUAGUAUUUUUACAACAAUUAUAUUUUCUCUUCCAUGUAUUAUUUUCUCUGUUUUCGCUUUUUAGAUAUGUAUCUYGUUCAUCAAGAUAGGCCUGCCAUGGUUUUCUUUUUAAUUAUGACAUUAUACRAUAUACUCUUUACAAUCAAAGGUUUGUACAACGUAAUGCUUCAUUUGCAAUUACGUCACGCUAGUACUAGUGCUACUAUCUUUUUGCUAGUGCCACACACAACUUAUAACUUUUGUAUUAUAAUCAUACCUAUUAUGAGACAGCUGGUCUGCACASGUAUUUCAAGCAAGAAUUAAAUGAUUAAAUGAAUUUCACUGAAA